AUUCAUUUACAAAUAAACUAUUAACCAUAUUAUCUUUUCUAUCAAGCAAACCCACUAAAGAAAAAAAACAUGGGAAAUUGCUUGGUGCUGCAACAAAUUAAUAUGAUGAAGAUCAUAAAAACUGAUAGGAAAGUUCUUGAAUUCAAAGUACCAAUCAAAGUUGAAGAGGUUUUGCCACUUCCACCUCCAGCAUCACCAAAAGGGGUCAAGAAGGUGAGGUUUGCAAAUCCAGAAGUUCAAGAUGUACAUAAAAGUAGUGUGGUUAGGAUUAAGCUUGUUAUUAGUAAGCAAAAACUGCAAGAUAUGUUGGAUAAUGGAGGGAUUUCAGUUGACAAGAUGUUAUCUCUUGUUCAUGGUGAAAAGGGAGUGGAUGGUGAAGAUUUGUGUAAAGAAAAUAAUGAUGAUUCUCUAGGAGAAUGGAAACCGGUAUUGAAAAGCAUACCUGAAGUAAUCUAGCAGUAGGCUUCAAGUUACAAUAUUUUUGUUUCUUUCUUAUACUGUUUAAGUGUUAGAGUUUUCCUUUUUCUAAUAUGUACUAUACAAUAGUGUAAUAAAAGAAGUAAUAAUCAUGGUUUUAAAUUGCGGUCGCGGAUGCGGUUGCGGGAGUUGCUGUUGCGGCCAAUGCAAUUGCUGCGAUGCGCAUUGCGGCCGUUGCGGCGUGAAUUUUGAUCGGAAGAUAUUUGAAAAACACCAUUAAAAAACUCUUAAAGUUAAUAUUUUACAUUACAAAUCACAUGUAAAUUGAGUUUUUUGGGUUCUCAAAUGUUGAGUUAUGAUGAAAAUAUGUUAAGAAACAUGGGUGAAAGUGUUUGAUGCGAAUUUUAGUGUUGUCGGAUGUGUGAUUUCAAAUCACAACGCAAUUGCGGCCUGAUGCGGAGACUACCACGUGCGCGCAUCAGCAAUAUUGCGGCUGCAAUUGCGAUUGUGGAUCGCAAUUUAAAACCAUGAUAUAAAUAGAGGAUACCAAAGAAAUAUUCUGACUUCAAGUUCAGCAUAUAUUCUUUUCUAGGCUA